GGUGCUGGCGGACGCUUCUCCACCCAACACGUCACGAGGGAGUCGGUAGAGGCUCCCAGUGGACACACUGUCUGUCUGAACACCAGUUAACCACAACCGACUGGACCUGCAGGUUUCAUUGGUGUUGGCUUGAUGGGAUCCAAACAGGCAACAAAGUGAUGGUCUAAGGACUCGCAGUCACAGAGGUGCUUGCGCGUGGAAUGUUGCGCUGGUCGGUGCACCUAGAAGGAGGGCCGCGGAGAGUCAACCAUGCUGCUGUGGCGGUGGGGCACAAGGUGUACUCCUUUGGAGGCUACUGCUCUGGGGAGGACUACGAGACACUCCGUCAGAUUGAUGUGCAUGUCUUCAACACAGUGUCUUUGCGCUGGAUGAAGUUGCCUCCAGUUAGGACGGGAGGACAUGAACGUGCCCGUGAAGUGCCAUAUAUGCGUUAUGGCCACACAGCUGUGCUGCUGGAUGACAUUAUCUACCUCUGGGGUGGGCGUAACGACACAGAGGGGGCCUGCAAUGUGCUUUAUGCCUUUGAUAUCAACACCCACAGAUGGUUUACACCCAAGAUUUCGGGGACUGUUCCAGGGGCAAGGGAUGGCCACUCUGCCUGCGUUCUGGUGAAGGCAAUGUAUAUAUUUGGAGGAUAUGAGCAGCUGGCCGACUGCUUCUCCAAUGACAUCCACAAGCUGGACACCACUACCAUGGUUUGGUCAUUAAUUAAUGCCAGGGGCACUCCGGCACGCUGGAGGGACUUCCACUCAGCCACCAUCAUCGGGACAAAGAUGUUUGUGUUUGGAGGGCGGGCAGACCGCUUUGGCCCCUUCCACUCCAACAACGAGAUCUACUGCAACAAGAUCAAAGUGUUCGACACAGAGACCAACUGCUGGCUGACUACACCUUCAACACAGCCAUCGCCAGAAGGACGCAGGAGUCAUUCGGCCUUUUCCUACAAUGGAGAGCUGUAUAUAUUUGGAGGAUACAAUGCCCGCCUAGACCAGCACUUCAACGACCUCUGGAAAUUCAAUCCAGAAGCCUUUUCCUGGGUAAAGGUAGAACCAAAGGGGAAAGGCCCGUGUCCGCGGAGACGGCAGUGCUGUUGUAUGGUUGGAGAUCGAAUCAUCCUCUUUGGAGGAACCAGCCCCUGUCCAGAGCAAGGGAUGGGUGAUGAAUUUAACCUCAUGGAUCAUUCAGACCUGUAUAUCUUAGAUUUCAGCCCUAAUUUGAAGACGUUAUGCAAAAUAGCUGUUAUUCAGUACAGUCUGGAGCAGUCAGGACUCCCACACGAUAUCAGGUGGGAACUGGCCGCCAUGACCACCAACAGCAACAUCAGCAGGCCCAUCUUCUCCUCCCAUGGCUGACGACGCUGAAUGUGAAGCAGAACCAGAACUCUGUUUCAGGACACCAGGCUUUUACCUUUCUAAUCAACUAAGCUCCGGAGGACUGUUUUUUGUAGAGUUUGGAUCUGUAUCGGAUUUAUUUCCCGCAUUCUUCAAGCGAAAACUCAUUACUGACCAAAUUACCAUGCUUGUGACUUCCUAGGACACCGUGAGCUUACUCUUGUUAAAGGAUAUUUUAACCCUUGAGGUGAUGCGAGACAGAAAUUGUCACCUUUUUCUCUUCUUUCUAGCCUCUCUAGAAAUCCAAUCAGCCUAUGAUAAUCAUAGACUUCUAAUCUUAAGCACAGGAAGAGACAAGAACUUCAGCCAAAGGUCUUGAGAGCCUCUUUGUUGAGGAUGUCAUGCUGAUGUCACACUCAACAGAUCUCCCCUAAGAGACAAAUGUGAACCUUCUGUUGCAGAUACAAAGAGACUGAAAUGGUCGUGAGUUUGUAUAUCUUGCAGCUUGAACUCGGUCAUAAAACUAUGUAAAACUACCAUGUCCAUUUUUGGGGAAUUAAGUUAUAUACACAGUAUAUGGAGUUGACGAGGCUAACUUAUUAUUUUGGUGUUAAAUGCAAGGAGACCUAGUAUUGGGUACAUGAUUUUUAAGGGUGUUAUGCUUGUGAAAGGUUCUGUUUGACUGGCUUUCAAUGCUUACCUUUUCUCCCACCUUAUCAUAAGUUGGCUAGGACUCCCUAAAGUGUCUCAAAGGUGAUCUGCAAGGCCAUUGGAGCAAGCUGCCUGUCUGCCUUGGAAAAUAAUCAAUUCCAUCUACCUCCCUCAAUAGUGCGUCUCAUUGAGUCUUUACUAGGGGCCGAAAUACAUGAGACACAGACGUGGGCAAUGUGGAAGGUUUUUUUUCUUUUGUUGCUAUACAGACUCCUUUGUUGUAGACUAUUUUAACUGGAUCUGAAUUAACUUGUUUCAACUACAAGUACUUGGAAACGCAUUGAUUUAUUUUAAUGUGAAAAGCACCCACAAGGUUGCUAUCCUGCAUCCUGCAAUCCUGUGUUGCCUCUGGUUCAAUGAGGUACUUAUUUUAAUCAUUUUUACACAGAAACUCGACAUAUUUUACAUGUUGGAGGGCCACGUAGCCAGCCACAUGAAAAUAUGAUGAUAGAUGAGUGGUCUUCCAUGGUCAGUUGAUAUAAUGGUCCUGCUCUGCUGUGGGCACGCUGAAGCUGCUGUACCACGCUGCGUCUGCGCCACAUGUAUUUCGGCCUUAAGACUUCCGUACAUUAGGCAUCUACUAACCCUGACAAGCCUUCUCACAGGGAAACAUGUAUUUGUGGUUGUCUCUUGUAUUCUUCUAGGAAAUGUUGUAGUGUCACAGGAAGAAUGCAGCUCACACACCAACCCAUCUCGCCCUCAGCCUACCCUUUGUGUUUCAGUGCCAAACGUAGAAGGGAAUCAUGAUGCAAAUAUAUACUGUGUAUGUGUGUAAGCACGUGGUCCCGUUUACACGUAAUCCAGUUUACACGUAAUCCUAGCCCACCUGCUCCAGUUUGCCUGUAGUUGUGUGCUAAUGUAGUUGUUCCUCUUUAUAGACAAUCCUGCAGAGACUCUUCCUCCUGACCUGCUCAUUCACACCGUAGUGAAAAACCAGGAAAGUGUGGACGUGAGUUUGUGUACAAGCAAAGCUACACCUGAGCAGAUAAACACACAAGGGCUGCAAUUUGAUGACACACUCGCUACACAGCUUGAAGAUUACACGGAGUAGCUUAAACUGGUUUAUUCAGGUUGUGUGUUUUUAUUUUAUUAAUACUAAUUACAAAUUUUAGAACAAAACUUUGAAAAGACGAGAGUGGUGGUGGUCUUUUUUUUUUUUUUAAACAUUUUAUCUCCACUCACACCAAUCAGUUGAGGGAUAAGGUUGGUGAUUUUCUAUAGCCUCUCAACAGUUCCUUACUCUGUCUGUGACUCUGAGUCCAUUUGUUCCUACUGAACAGUUCCAAUAUAAGGUUCAUUAACUUCCUGAAACAGCUGGACUCUGUUUUGAAACUCUUAACAGGAGCAAAUAGAGCAUUUGUUGGGGACUUGUAUUAAGUUGUGGAUUUGGUGCACGUGCGAGUCCUCCAAGCAGGGAUCGAUUCAAAAUAAGUGGCCAUGUUCUUGUUAUGAAGGAACAUGUUACUAAGUGCAGUGCGGUGGCUCAAUGUUGUUGUUUUUUAAGCUUUUGGACAACAAUUAAAAUCUAAGAUAUAUCAGGCUUACAGACAAUACUUGUUAGAUCAAAUGAAUUGGGUCUUUUUAUGGAAAAAAUCCAGAAUAUCACUGUACCAUGUUUUGAAUCUUAUGACUACGAAUAAUAAGUAAUACAGCAUGACAUUGGAAUUAAUGACUCGCUGAGGAUGAAUAUACGGGCAGAAGAGUUUUAUUUAUACUGCCUAUUUAUUUUGAUGUGAAUAGGAACUGUGUUACCACACACUUGUGAGCUGCAUCGAUGCUUUUUUCAGUCCUGGUCUUUGGGACCAAGUGUGCUGUUGUUUUCUGUCCUGCCAGAUAGUUAACUUUUAAUCUGUAUCUCACUAGCCCUGCAGGCCUCUGGGUCCCAAACAUCAGGAUUGGAUAACUCUGACCUACAUCAUAAAUGUUUACAAAUCUGUGUAUUUCAUGUGAAGCAGUGUAAAACAAUCUUAAAUGCAGGUUGAAGUCACCAGAUAACUGCACUAAGCCAAUCACGGCAUGUCAGGCCUUACAGGGAGGAGACAUGUCGAUGCUGCUUUUGCCUAAGUAGAGUUCCAGAGUUUGCCUGCCCAAACCAAUUGUGAAUUUUAUUUACAGACCAGUGGUGCCAAUGUGACGCAGUCUUUAUGCCCUCUAGCCUGCACACACAUGGACAUAUCACACUAGAUAUUCCUCAGUACCCCAGUUACUUGGACUAUACAACAGCUAAUGCAGUGAAACCACAGGGAAGCUAAUCGUGUGUCAGACACACACACAAAAAAACAUACUGGUGAACAAAUCAAACUGUUUAUGUGACACCAAAUGGCCGUCAGCAAACUGAUGUUAAUUUUCUCUUUUUUUUUUCUAAUGUGUGGUGUGAAAGUCAUUUUUAUUUCAGGAUUUUGGUCCUUUUCUUGUUGCGUGUGAAGAUUCUGGGUGACGGUAUUUUCAGUGGAGAACUCUUCAGGAAUAUUAUGUGAAGUAAAUAUUGAGUAAAUGACAAUGUAGACACUAUGGUCAAAAAUAAAAUACCUGCACAACAAAAGUUCUCAGUGAUGGUCACUCACUUACCUCCAGCUAAUAACAGUUUAGUUAAAAAACGAUUCAGCCCAAAAAUAUUGGCAUUACAUGUUCAGUGGCAGCGAUGUUCAACUGCACUUUGUCAUACUCCUCUGUUAUUUCUCAUUUCACUUUGUGAGCAGUCGAUCAAACUUCACAGGGUGACUCUUGCUUUACCAGAACAGCAUUUGCGAACCUAGGAAAAACUUCUCUGUCAGGAAAAUAGGAUCGAAGCGCACACUCGCGUCACGAAGUGUAUUCUAUCUUUAGACGGAUUAAUAAAUAGAAAAACAAUGCGUGAACAAAGUACAGAGUGUAUUUGCAAUCAUUUUACAACUGUGCAAACUGGCUAUACUCACUGUUUUUCUUUUCUUUUAUAUUGUUACACAUUUUCAGAGGGGACUCUGUAUCCAUCAAGGUUGGUCAGGACUUCCUGUGCAAUAUGCUUUAUAACUGUAUCAAUAAUAAAUCUGAAACAAUU